AUGAACGGGUUUCCAACUACCACCCCUUACUCAAACGGCCCAUACCCCGUCGGACAGGUUUCCGACGUUAUAUACGGUAAUGACACGACUUCCUUUCUGUACCAGCAACAAGGAAGUCACUACGGCCACCAGCAAGAGGAUGUCUUCUAUCAUCAAUCUCAGCCCAACUGGGACGCGUAUCAUCCCAAUAAUACCUAUCAUAAUAGCGAUUCUAAUUACCACCAGCGAAGCCAUGCGAGCCGUGGACGCGACUGUCCUUACCCUGUAUCUCCAUCAACUUCAAUCCAAGCACCGGCUGCGUAUUCACGCCACCCUGGUGGUGGCGUUGCACCUCUUGUGGACGCUCGAAAUGCUCAUAUACCACCUCUUUAUACAAUCAACGCUCAUUCAACUACUUCAAAUACUAGCCACACAUACUCUACCGGACAUGGUGCUGGAUACGAGACGUCGAAUCCCCAUGGCCACAGUCAUAAACACGGGGACCAAGUAUGUACGGGUUCAUCGAACGUUUACUCAUACUUAGCAGGCAUCUAG